AUGAAACAUAUUGGUAGAAUUGUAUCAUUCCCAAUUGGUUUAGUUUUAAUCGCAGUUGGUAUUAUUAUUUUUGUAGUUGUUAAUCGUACAAUUAAAGAUGAAUUUAAAAAAGCAGCCGUUGUAAUUCCAGAUAAUGGUGCAGAAGAAAUUGUUGAUCCAUGGGUUCGUUUCAUUGGAAAUGAAGGAGAUCCAAACAAUGUUAGAACCUAUACCUUUAUGGCAUAUAAUUUAACCAAUCCAAUUGAAACCAUGCAAGGUCAUUUACCAAAAUAUCAAGAAGUUGGUCCAUACAGUUACAAUUACAUCUAUGAACGUAUCAAUGCAAACCUCUAUGAAGAUGAUGAAAAAUUAAGUUUCAAACUUUGGAAACGUUAUUUCCCAAUUGUUGCUGAUGGUUAUAGAGAUCCAACCAAAGAUACUAUCUAUCAUUUCAAUUUAGUAUAUGGUGCUGCCGUUAAACAAGCAGGUAGUGAAGUUGCACUUUCAGUAGCUUUAACAGCAGCUGCAAUGGGUAAAAUUAUCACUGGUCUCACUGACCCAAGCUUUAAAGUUAAAGCUGGUUUCGCUGCUGCACCAACAGUUACUGCUGGAGCUUUUUCAAAUCUUUUAACUGCAGCUGGUAAUGACCCAGCUACUGCAUGUGGACUUUGGCAAACUAGUACUAGUUCCAGUACUCCAUUAGUUCCAUUUUCUGUACCAAUUAUUGCUGGUAGUCCAUCAGAUAUAAGUCAAGCUCAAUGUCAAGCAUUAUUUGAUCCAUCAAAUAAAUUCUCUUUAACUGAUCCAACAAAUGUAGGUGUCUACCUUUUAAAUCCAGCUGGAUCCAAAGCUGCAUUAUUAGCUUCACCAUUUGGUUUAACUAGUGUUCAAGCUGAUUUAAUUAUGAAAUAUCAAUUAGCAUUAACAUCAACUUUUGUACCAACAACUCUUGUUUCUAGAUUUGCUGAAUGCUCUGAUCCAAAAACUUGUACUAAUAAUCCACUUUACUUUGGUCUUUUACAAUGGGCUAAAAAUCCAAGUCUUCUUGGGCAAUCAGUUUUCGCAAUUCCAAAUUCAGGUGUUCCAGCAGCACCAGAGUUUGGUAUUUAUACAAGUAGUGAACUCAGUUUAACAAAAGCAGGAUCACUUUUCCUAAAUACUUCAACUAUUAAUCUCAUUACACCAACUAGUAUUGGUACAAUUUUAGUUUAUGGACAAAAACUUAAAGCUGAUCCAACAUCAAUUCCACCAGCCCUCUAUGCACCAUUCUCAAGUGGAGAGUUUGAUGCAAUCGUCAAAUAUACUGGAUAUAUUAUGGCAGCAUUUGUAGAUGGAGAUAUUAUUAAGAAUCAAAUUUUCAAAGAUUAUCAAGGUGGUCCAAUCGUUAAACAUACUGUUCACGAUUUCCUCUUCAACUCAACCGAUCCAUUAUUGAAAUUGAUGUAUCCAGAUACUCCAAGCGCAUGGGUAUCAAGUCCACUCGACAAUAUUCAAGAUGUUAAAGUUGCCAAUGCUACUUUACACACUGAUGAAAUCUAUACAGGUGUUGGUGAUAUUGAUUUAGUUUCAUCUCCAAUCACAUUCGAAGGUGAAGAAGAAUUAAACUAUAACAAAAAAAUUAAAGUUAGUGGUUCAUUCGCUGAACAAUUACCACCAUCAUAUCUCUCCAAAGAUCCAGAAGCACCAGUUAAUGUCUUUACUGAUGAAUUUGCAAGAUCACUUUCAUUCAGAAAGGAAGUUGGUGGUAACUUUGGUGGUAUUCCAUACUAUCGUUAUAGAAUCAAUGAAUCCAAUUGGGAAAUUAAUCCAGACUAUUUCCAAACCAUUCCAUAUCUUUUAAAUCUUACAAGCAUUAAAAGUGGUGCUCCAGCCUAUCUUAGCAGACCAAGAUUAAAGGGUAUCGAUGUUGGUUAUUAUUAUAAAGCUGGUAUCACCGAUUUAAUCAAUGAUGAUGAAGAUCUCGACGUUUUCGCCGAUUAUGAACCACGUUCUGGUAAAGCUAUUCACGGUCGUUACUCACUUCAAGUAAAUACCUACAUUCAAGGUUCUGAUGGAACUAACUCUACUCUCUACAAUAAAUACUCUGCUUUCCGUUCUGAUGUUGUUCAUCCAAUGUUUUGGGGUGUCAAUAUCAUCGCAGCCACUCAAGAACAAAUUGAUAUCCUUACCAAAGCCUAUAAAGUUGAUUCCUUCCGUUAUGCCAUCACUGUUAUUUUAAUUGUUGUUGGUGGUUUCUUAUCUUUAAUUUCUGGUGGUCUCUUUGUACUUGAUAAAAUAAUCGAUUUGUAA